AUGCCACCGCGCCCACGGAGUAGCUCCGGCUUUCGCGGCAUUCGUCUCCUCCCCUCCGGUGUGUAUUACGCGGAGAUCCGCUCCAACGAUGCAUGCCUUGGGCUCGGAACGUUCGAGACCGCCCACGAGGUCUCCCACGCGUACGACGCGGCGGCGUGGCGCCUCAGGAGGCCAUGGGCGCAGAUGAACUUCUUCGACAAGAGGACGCGCGAGCAGGCGCAGGAACUCACGCCUCCCCCGCGACUAAUCUCCGAGGAGGAUCGCCGCGUCCAGCAGAGGCGGGGGCGUCGCUUCCUCAUCGCCGUGGCGGAUGAGCACGCCAUGGCGGUGUAG